GAAGAAGAGUUGAAAUUUGUGUCACAAUUUUGCUUGUUUUUUCUUCACCCUAGCUCCCUUUAACACAUAUAGUACUCUCAACUGAAGCUAGGACUUUUAUUUCAUAAAAGUAUCACAAUAUGGGAAGGUGUUAGAGGAGAAAUGAGGGUUAAACACUCACCCAUGUAGUGUCCCCAUGAUCACUCGACGCCGCCGAACACGGUCGAGCGGUGAAGACAGUGAUCAAACUCGAGUGGAGUUUUCAAGUGAAAACAGCUUCAACUUAGCAGCAGUAGAUAUGACGACAUGUAGAGACAGAACAUCGGAGUUUAUCUCCGCCGUAAAAUCACUCCAGUCACGACAGGGAAAUAAUUUGACUGGAAAAAGGCUAGACCAUCAAAGGCCAAAUGGACUUCAGAAAAGUCAGUUUUUUGUCAUUGCCAAGCACAUCGGAAAGGACAUCAGCAACACUUUUGCAAAACUGGAAAAGCUUGCUAUCUUGGCCAAGAAGAAAUCAUUAUUUGAUGACAGACCCAUGGAAAUUCAAGAGCUGACUUACAUAAUAAAGCAGGACAUUAAUAGUCUCAACCAACAAAUUGCCCAGUUACAAGAGCUUGUGAGGUCAAAAGCCAGUACACAGGGGAAGCAUUUACAAACUCACUCCAGUACAGUGGUGCUCUCACUUCAGUCAAAAUUAGCAAGAAUGUCCAAGGAUUUUAAAGGUGUCCUGGAAGUGAGAACAGAGAACCUCAAACAGCAAAAGGAGAGAAGAGAACAGUUCUCUCAAGGAAGUGCAGUAGACAGCCUGCCUCCAGCUUCCAUACCAGGCUCUGUCCUGCAAAGAUCCAGUGCAUCAAGGAACAUGGGGCAAGGAGGCGAUGCUGCAGUUGCAAUAGACAUGGAUCACAUGGAUGCAAGACCACCAAUGUCUAAUGACAUGAGCCAAAUGCAGCUGGUAGAACAGCAGGAUGAAUACAUUCAAAGCCGGGCUUCAGCCAUGGAGAACAUUGAGUCAACAAUUGUAGAACUUGGCAGCAUAUUUCAAGAGCUUGCUCACAUGGUUAAGGAGCAGGAGGAGCAGAUUGAAAGGAUUGAUGCUAAUGUAGAAGCAACAGAGCUGAAUGUGGAAGCGGCGCACGGUGAACUGUUGAAAUAUUUUCAAUCAGUCACAUCCAACAGAUGGUUAAUUGUCAAAAUAUUCUGCGUUCUCAUCGUCUUCUUCAUCGUCUUUGUCGUCUUCAUGGCUUGAAGUUCAGUCGUACUUGUAUCUGUAUCCUGUGCCAUCCUGGGCAGUUCAUGUGCGAAGUUUUUGAUUCACUUUUGACACCUUUGUAACAGCUUCUAUUUGUUUUGACCACUUUAAGGAGCUCAGUCACGGUAUUUUGGGCACGUACAGAAUGACCUUUAAAUUGAAGGAAACCUGAAAAUAAUAGUU